AUGUCGCCAAGCGCUACUAUUUCAGAAGCUACCUUCACGAUCACGCCGAUGAAGAAAUCUUCCAACGAUAAACAUGACUAUGGUGCAAUUGUCAGUGAUAUAGACUUGAAUAAUAUCAAUGAUAUCGACGUCCGCCACCUGGCAGACGCUAUCUGGACCCAUAAAGUCAUUGUGGUCAAGGGGCAGAAGGGCCUCGCACCAAUAAAGCAAUGGGAUCUGGAGGAUUGCUUUCUAAACAUCGCGAAACACGAAGUAGUAGGAAUACCGGGUGCCGAGAACGUCCGCCUAAUUGGAAAAGGCUUCCAAGGUGAGGACCACUACGGCAUCAAGAACAAGAACAUCACAAAACCGCUCUCCCAUGACUGGCAUGAAAAAGAACUUCCACAAGACGAGUUCGAGAAAGGGAAUACCCGGUUCCAACGAUGGCAUAUGGACGCGCCGCUCUAUGGGAGAGACCCGGCGUGGUUUACGACCCUGCGUUGUAUAAAGCGGCCUACCGAGCCUCAAGUCAACAUCCGAUGGGAUGACGGGUCCGGCCUCAGCAUGAAGGUAGAGCCAGGCCUUACGGCAUUUAUUAGUAACGUUCAGAUGUACGAAAUGAUGACGGAAGAUGAGAAAAAGAUGGCAGAUCACAGCUGGGUCGAAUAUGCACCUCAUCCGUAUAUGUGGAUAGGUGACUGUAAGGGGAAUUCCAACGGACUUGGCCUUGUUAGCCAGGGUAAAGAGAAGGAACUUGAGAAUCUAGGUGACUUCGACCCGAAGGAUAUAAAAACUUAUCCCAUGGUUUGGGUCAACCCCGUAACAGGCGAGAAAGCCUUCCAAGUCCACGGAAUUUGCGCAAGGAGGCUAUUCAUUCGCUCAUCCCCGACAGAAGAACCCAGGAUAGUCGAAGACCUCGUAGAAAUUAGGAAAUUACUGAAGAUUAUCCAGGAAAGAGUGCUAAAGCCAGAAUAUAUCUUGAUCCCGAGUUUAGAAGAAGGGGAUAUUGUCAUGUGGGCCAACUAUCAGAUGUUUCACACGGCAAUCGACUAUCCUGACUGGUUUGGUCCGCGGACUAUGCAUCAGGCCAACAUCGCCUCGUCGGCUGGUCCGGUGGGCCCGGUCCCAAUUCCGGUUUAA